ACAGAACGAACAGAGCAAACCCGAAAUUUCAACGGAGCAAAAUCUUCCCACCAGGUGUGAACUGGAUGGCACUGUAACAUUGUUAGAUUUGAAUUUCUUAAUCUGUUGAAUCGUUUUGAAAAAAUAAUAAUGAUGAGGCUGCAAACCUACGCUGGGCUGAGUUUGAUCGGAACCCUAGCGAUUAUUUACCAUGCGUUUAGCAGCAGAGGCCAGUUUUACCCAGCCAUGGUUUAUCUAUCAACCUCCAAGAUCAGCCUGGUGCUUCUCCUCAACAUGGGCCUCGUCAUCAUGUGUAUUCUCUGGCAACUGACCAAGAAGCUCUUCCUCGGCAAGCUCCGGGAGCCGGAGGUGGAGAGGCUCAACGAGCAGUCGUGGAGGGAAGUCAUGGAGAUUCUGUUUGCAAUCACGAUUUUCAGGCAGGACUUUUCGGUGUCGUUUCUGGCUUUUGUUACUGCUCUGUUGCUGAUAAAGGCUCUGCAUUGGUUGGCGCAGAAGAGAGUGGAGUACAUUGAGACUACUCCUUCUGUGCCGACGCUGUCGCAUGUGAGGAUUGUGUCGUUUUUGGGGUUCUUGUUUGUUGUAGAUAGUCUCUUUUUGUACAGUGCUGUCAGAACCAUCGUAGCCACUCAGAAGCCUUCGGUUUGCCUCUUUUUUGCAUUCGAGUACAUGAUCCUAGCAACGACAACGCUGUCAACAUUUGUGAAAUAUAUUUUCUAUGUCACUGACAUGAUUAUGGAGGGACAAUGGGAGAAGAAGCAUGUCUACACUUUUUAUUUGGAACUUAUUCGGGACUUGCUCCACUUGUCUAUGUAUUUGUGCUUCUUCAUUGUGAUUUUCAUGUACUAUGGCUUGCCAGUGCACUUGAUUCGCGAACUCUAUGAGACCUUUAGGAACUUUAAGAUUCGUGUUGCUGAUUACGUCCGUUAUCGAAAAAUCACUUCAAACAUGAAUGAUCGGUUCCCAGACGCUACACCUGAAGAGCUUAAUGCAGGCGACGCAACCUGCAUCAUUUGUCGUGAAGAAAUGACAACAGCCAAGAAACUAUUAUGUGGACACCUUUUUCAUGUGGCUUGCUUGCGAUCAUGGUUGGAGCGACAACAUACCUGCCCAACAUGCAGAGCCCUUGUUGUACCUCCUGAUGGUCGGACAGGUACUGCUCGAGGACAAAGUGGAUCACGCCCCGAUGCUCAUCAACAGGGGACAGGCAUAUCAGGUGCAACUGCUCAAGGAUCAACUAGUGGUGGAGCUGCUGGUGAUAACAUGAGCCAUCAUGAAGCAAGACUCCGAGCUGCUGCUGCAGCUGCAUCAAUAUAUGAGAAAUCUUAUGUAUAUCCAUCUGCAAACAGACUAGUAUGGUCUUCUGGAUAUGUGGCACUUCCUCUUAAUAGACAUAUGGCUGAGUCCUCUAGUGCUGAAUUACAUUCACAACCGCAGUUUGCAACCCCUGGUGGACCUGCAAACUUGUCAUUGCCUCAAUCUCCGCAUUACAUGUUUUCUCCUUUUCAUGGAGCCAAUGGGGAGAGGUUGGGCAGCGGUUCAAAUACAACAGCUUCUCAGCUGGAGGCCCAGAGAAAAGUUCUUCUGCACCAGAUUGAGAUCCUGAAGAAUCAGCUCCAAAUUUUACAAAAGCGAAAACCCGAGGAGAAUGCGGAAGGGGUACCAACAUUAGCAGCAGAUAGCAAAGGAAAGAAUGUGGCACCUUCUUCUGAAUCAGAUUGCGGGCUUGGUGAGGAUGUUGUUGACUAGAUUUACUCGAGCUAUUGGUUUCAAGACGUAAUAUGUGGAUACAAGGAUGGGAGAUAAGACUAGGUAGGAUGACUGCAAUGUUGUAUAAGGUGUUUUUGUUAAAAUGAAAAGAAGAGAAACAGGGAUAUAUGACAUAUGAGAACGCUUCUGGCAAAUGAUAUUCUAUCAUUCUAUGCAUUGAUUAGGUGUCUGCUUUUGAGUUCUUUGUGUUUCUGCGUUCUAUCAUUGAAUUCAAACUCGUGUUGGGUUUGGUAGGACAAAGGGAAUCCUUGUUCGCUUAUAUUUCAGAAUUCCGUAUUCUUCC